AUGGCCACUUGUCUCGUGGAAUUUGACAAGAGUCCCACAGUGUUCUCUCCCGGUGACAAAGUAACCGGAAACGUUAAAAUGCAGAUACCAGAGGAUGAGUUCAAAGCGAGGAAAGUGAGAAUGGAGAUGAUCGGAAAGGCUUAUACAUAUUGGGAGGGGAACGUCAAGAAUAAUCAUAAGAUCAAAAACGGCGACAUCGCACGUGUCCGUCACAACUGUGCUGACCACAAGGGGAAGAUUGUCUACUGUCGAUUUGAGACGAUUGUAUGGAAGAGUGAUGGUUCAAAAAACGACAUGCCCUCUGGCCAACAUAUUUUCCCAUUCUCAUUCCAACUUCCCCACUGGGCACCGCCUAGCUUUGAAGGAGACCUCGGAUUCAUCCGUUACUUCAUAAAAGUCGAAAUCGAUCGUCCUUGGAAAUUCGACGACAAGUUCAUCACGUGCCUUACAGUACUCCCCAGCAUUGACUUAUCUUUGAUCCCGAAUUCAUUGGUACCAUCCAAAAAACACAUAUGUGAACAGUUCGGAGUGGUCUUGUGUAAAAGUGGAUUGGUGAAAAUGGAGGUCCGUCUUCCAAAACAAGGAUUCGUAUGCGGAGAAGGUAUACCUGUAAAGAUCGUCGUAGACAACAAGUCUUCCAAAACGUUCAGCAAGAUAAGCCUAAAAGUUCUGCAACGUGUCACGUACACCGGUUUCCGAGAUGGAUUCGUCAAUUCUCAAUCUCAUCCGUGUAUUGGGAAUGAGAAGGAGAAAGUGACAUAUGCGACGAGACUAAAUGCUCAAAUUCGGAUUGAGGAACGGAAGGUUUUGGAGGAAAUUGUGGAAAUCAAAAUCUCAAAAAAUGAAAAGGAUGAUGUCGACAAAUCAAUAACUAUCCCACCACUCCCACCAUCCACCAAAACCUGUGAAAUCAUCGAUGUCGAGUACUUUCUGAAAGUCAAAAUGAGCACAUUGGGCACAUUGAAAAGUGCAAUGAAGCUAGAACUUCCGUUUAUUAUUGGUACGGUUCCAAUUGACAAGGAACGCAAAUUCGAUUAUAAGAAGUCAGUGUUUGGCUAUGCGGCUACUGUACUCAAGAAUCGUGAUGUUCAGAAGUUCGCUCCAUUAUACCCAGUCUACAAAUUUGAGUAA